CGGCACACCCAGUAUGACCACAUUUGGGGUCACAACAAACGUCUUGUAUUGGUUAAACGAAAAUUAAGGAAAUGCAGCAGCAGCGGCGGUAAUUGUUGAUGCACCCAGCAAGAGCUAUAGCCAUGGCAUCCCACUACCCGCUCCCGCAGCCCGAUCCGGGUCUCAAGUCCGAGACGCAGCCGGCGGGCGAUAGGUUGGUCACCCUGGAUGCCGUUGACGCGGACCGCGUCUGCCGCGUUUGCCUUAAGGACGCCUCCCAGGACGGCGAACUGCACUUCAUCUUUGCGGACGGACCGCUGGAACUGGGCGCCAACUUGGCGCGCAUCCUGGACGAGUGUACGCUGCAUCCGUGCGAACGGCAAGAUGGUAUGCCGUCCAACAUGUGCGGCUCCUGCGUGGAGGCAGCCCGCCACGCCUAUCGCUUCAAGCGCAACGCCGAGCGCUCCUACUGCUCUCUGGUGGCGCUGCUAGGCCGCUCGCCGCAGUUAAAGUCCAAUGGUGCCGAGGCGGGCACCCAGACCGACCAGGUGGCCCUGCUGCCCUGCGAGAUGUGUCACGACCAGUUCCUCAACAGCUUGGAGCUGCGCCUGCACCGCAACCGGGUGCACAGGACAGCGAAGGAUGGCACUGAAGGCAACGACGGUGCUGUCGAGGAAUUUAAGUGCAAGUUCUGUCCGCAGCACUUCCCGCAUCUCCGACAGCUGCGCAGUCACUUGGCACGCAGCCACGAGCAGACCGCUCGCCUUCAGUGCGCCCACUGCCUGCGCACCUUCAGUCGCCGGGAUCAUCUUCUGCGACACAUGCGUAAUCAGCACCGUCACUUGGAAGACGACCUCUUAAACACUUGGCCGCCGGCGGAUGAGACCACCAUGCAAAGCUCUGCGGGUGAUGAGCUUGUCUCGGCGGAAGUGCUCCUUAGCGAGGAAAAGGAUAACCCUGAGGAUGGCGAUAUCUUCCAAUGCAACACGAAUCCCAUUUCCAGCAACGAGGAGGACGACGACGACGAUGAGGAUAACUUAGAGGCUAAGCAGACACUGUGGCUGCACAUCAAGCCAGAGCCCUGCCUAGAGACUGAGGAAGUUAGCCUGGCCACGCAACUGAAGCUGGAGAAGAAGCAGCGGCGGCGGCGGCGGCGUGGGGAAAAGGCGGAGCCGCGUUUAGGGAGCUCCAGUGACUCGCCGGUGAAGCGUGAGCCCCUGGCCGCUGGCGACCCUCAACUCAGCAUCAAGCAGGAGAGCCAGCUGGUGGGCAGCGAGGAUGAGGCGCCCAUGGGUGUGGAGGAGUUCAUGGCACUGCAUGCCACGGGAGAGCUGCCGUUUAGCGAUGAGGAACAUUUCGGUGACUACGGAGACGGAGACGACGAAAGUGCUUUGGAUGACGACGACGAGGAGGAGGAGGACGAUGACGACGACGAUGAAGAUGCAGAUGGAAACGAUGGGGAUUUUAAGAUGAAAAUGGAGCCGCUGGACGGUGAGCAGCAGUCGCCCAAGAAGUGCAAGUCUGGCAGGCGGAGGCGGCGGCGCCACAGCAAGGGCGAGCCCAAUCCCGAAAACCGUUGCGAUGUCUGCCAGCGCACCUUCUCGCGUCACUGCCACCUGCUGCGCCACAAGCUGUCCCACCUGGAGAAGAAGCCCCACAAUUGCCCGCACUGUCCCAAGGCAUUUGCGCGCAGCGAUCACCUCAAGGCGCAUGUCCAGAGCCUGCAUAGCAACAAGGAGCACAAGUGCGGCAUCUGCGAGGCGGCCUUCUCCCGUCUGGAUGCCCUCGAGCGGCACAAGGUGAGCAAGCACAACGGCGAGGGCCUGGAGCCGGGCAGUGAGCUCAAGCUGCAGCUGGCGGAGCACACCUGCGAGUACUGCUCCAAGCGCUUCUCCAGCAAAACGUACUUGCGGAAGCACACCCUGCUGCACACGGACUUCCUCUACGCCUGCAAGAGCUGCGAGGAGACAUUCCGCGAGCGCGGCCAGCUGCGAGAGCACGAGAAGACGCACACCGGGCAGCGCAACUUCCUUUGCUGCAUUUGCGGCGAUAGCUUUGCCCGGAAUGACUACCUCCGUGUCCAUAUGCGGCGUCAUAAUGGUGAAAAGCCUUACAAGUGCCGCUACUGUGUGAAGGCCUUUCCCCGGGCCACCGAUCUCAAGGUCCACGAGCGCUAUCACACAAACACGAAACCGAACCUGUGCAAUACCUGCGGCAAGAGCUUUCACCGGGCCUAUAACCUGACCAUCCACAUGCGCACCCACACCGGCGAGCGACCCUACAAGUGCGACCAGUGUCCCAAGAGCUUUACGCAGAGCAACGACCUCAAGGCUCACAUCCGCCGGCACACGGGUGAGCGGUACAAGUGUCCUCACUGCGAUGCCUACUUCCUGCAGUUGUACAACAUGCGCAACCACUGUUUGAGUGCCCACAACAAGCACAUUGAGACGAAGACGGGACGCCUGCAGAGGACAGGUCUGCUGGAUGAUGGUGGCCAGUCGCAUCUCACCACCGUGGUGAUGCCGCCAUCACAGCUGGCAACAACGGCUGCUGCUGCUGGCACCGAGAACACCACCUCUUCCACGGUUAUACACUCGCCAGAAGGGUAUAGCAGCAAUGCGGGAGUGGCUGGAGCAGGAGCAGGAGCAGGUUCCACCACUCUGGAUGGUGCCAGCUUUGCACCGACGCCAGUCAAUGCCUCCUUUGGGGCUUUUAACUUUCCACCCGCUGUAAUGGCUCAUCUCAUGUACAACCACGGCGGCACUAGCCAGCACAGUCAGAGUGGCAGCGACACGGGCAAAUAGCCAACGCCUUGGACCUGCAUUCUGCAUCCUCCAAACACACACGCACAACAAUUCCAGUGUAGUUAUAAGCUCCUGUACAUAGCCUUCGUACAUCACAAGCCCAGGCACCUGCCCUUUUAUCGUGUUAAUAUUGUAUUUAGUAAUUAGUUGAAGUGUAAACAUUUUUUAUAAUUCUUGGUAAGAAUUUCUAACGUCUGUUGGAGAAGCGACCCCAAUUCCCCCCCUAAUCCUACUUUCUAAUUGUUUAUAUAAAUCCCAAAAUAUAGUGGAAGCAUUGAAAGUGUAAAA